AACAACACUGAAGAGAGGAGAGUUAAAAUAUGCAGCCCUGAUGCUAGGAAGCCCAACAGGAGAUCAGACAGGUGAAGGCCAUCAUGUCCAUCAGUGUGGAUCUGAGGAGGAUCUCCAACCUGCCGGGACGUUCUGACAGAAAGGUUGAACUCUCCUUCAGAGGUUUUACCCAUAAAACCAGAGCCCUGCAAUGUGAGAAUAUCGCCAUCUUCAAUGAGCAUUUCCGUUGGCCUCAUUAUGGCAAAGAGAUCACAGAGGAACUGUUUUCUGUCAGCGUUUACAACUGCAGCAAAUUCUUUUCCAACAGACUGCUCGGUCAGCUAGUUAUCAGUCUCCAGCAUGUCGUUACCUCUGGCAGGUUGACGCUUCGGGAGCGUCUGACCGAUGCCAGCUAUACCCUGACUGAUAUUAUUAUAGAGCUGGAGAUUCGCUUCCACCCAUUGGAGGGAGCUGUUGGACACUGGGAUGGAAACAACUUCCUGGAAGUUGAAGACAGUGAUGAGUCAGCACUGGUCAUCAGGAAUGAUGGAUUCGAUGAUAUUGAGAGAGGUUCCUUGUUGGCUCGCACCAAUCAAAUGGAGAGAGAUGCUCGUCGUCUCGGUCAGAGCCUAAUUCGGACAGGGGAUGAAGACGAGGAUGAUGAAGAUUAUGAUUAUGAUGAUGACCUUGUGGAGAUGGAGAUCUCUGAUAUCAUAUUCACAUCUCUCCUAAGCCGUUGGAGACCGCUGUCUAGAACUACUGUUGCAGCGAUGCCCAGAGUCCAGAGCUUUCAGGUGAAUGUGAACAUCCUAGAGGCUCAGAAGCUCGUCGGCGUAAAUAUUAAUCCUGCAGUUUUUAUCAGUGUUGGAGGUCAGAAAAAACACACAGCAACACAGAAAUCCACCAACUGCCCAUUCUACAAUGAGAAUUUCCAGUUUGAGUUUCAGGAGGCUCAACAAAUCUUCCUUGACAAAGUCAUAGAGAUAAAGGUGUUCCACAGACGGACUCUGGCCUUCCUGAUGUCACACAUUGGGACCUUUAAGAUUGAUAUCUCCACUGUUUACAGUCAGCCAGACCAUCGUUUCUACCAGAAGUGGGCUCCUCUCACUGACCCAACAGACACCCGGUCAGGAGUGAAGGGGUAUGUCCAGGCCAGCCUUAGUGUGCUGAUGAAGGGAGACCCUCAUCGUAUGUCCGGUUUUCCAUCCAACACCUCGUCUGGAAGCAGUGAAGACAUUGAAAAACAUCUGUUGCUUCCUCGCGGCAUGCCGUCUGAGCGUCCGUGGGCUCGGUUUCGUGUCCGAAUCUACAGAGCCGAGGGUCUGCCAACCAUGGAAGCAGGACUGAUGGCCAAAAUGUCUGUCAGUGACAGAGCGGUCUUCAUUGACCCCUACGUACAGGUGACCUUCGCUGGACAGCAGGGUGAAACGUCAGUUGCCAGUGCCACCAGCUACCCUGUAUGGAAUGAAGAGAUCUCCUUUAUUGAGCAGUUUCCUCCUCUGGCUCAGCGAAUCAAAAUCCAACUCCUUGAUGAUGCCAAGAUGGGAGACACAGCUUUGGCAACUCACUUCCUGGACCUUCAGCAAAUAUCUGACCCCACCAGAAACGGGUUUAACCCAACCUUUGGUCCAAACUGGGUUAAUCUUUAUGGCUCUUCUCAAAACUCCACCCUGGGAGACAUCCAUCAGGCCUUGAAUGAGGGUUUGGGUGAAGGAAUCUUCUAUCGAGGUCGACUCCUCCUGGCCCUCUCCAUGGAUGUUUAUUCCUCUCCCUCUGCAAUCCCCACAGAUACUGGCUCUAUUGCAGCCGGGAAGGUGAAAGGGGCACUGGGUAAGUUUGGAAGAAAGCAGAAAAAACGGAGCAAGAAGGAAAAGAAGGAAGCCGCUUCAGCUACAAUCGAAUUAGCUGAUGAGUCUGAAGAGGCGGGAGUUGAGGUACCAGAGUCUGUGACUGUGGAGGUUAAGGAGAUCCAUCCUCUGCCUGAGGGUUAUCUGGGGCAGAAGGAAGAGUUUCUGCUUUUUGCAUCUCUGUUUGAAGUCACAAUGAUUGACCCGACAGUAGGAACCAAACCUCUGACCUUUGAACUCUCUAUUGGAAAUUAUGGGAAGGCAAUGGGAAUUGGGAAGUCAAAGAAAAGCCAGAGCAGGGAGGAGCUGAGGAGGAGCAGAGAAGAUCUGAUGGAGGAAACUCAUGGUCUGUUGGAAUCAGAGGAUGAGUUGGACAGAGAGGAGAUGACGAAUCCUGAACCCAAGAACAGAUCUGUGUCUUCUCCCAUGAGACCUCAGCCCACCGAAUAUGACGGGUCCUUUAAGUGUAUUCCACUCCAGCCCCCAACAACAAAUCUAAAGCCUUGUCUGUAUGUCUGGAGUCAGUUUGAAGAUCACAGCUUUCGUCUCUAUCAGGCCAACUGGUUAAGCAAGAUGGCUGACAGGCUUGAGAUUGGUCUCAAUAAGGUGGAAAUGGACUUGCAGAGGCCGAAGAGUAAAGCAAAAGAGAGUCUGAUCGAGGUGUUACUAGAGCUGGUGACUUGUUGCAAACAGUUUAGUGCUUUUUCAGACAGGAGAUCUCAGUCCCGUCCCAACAGCCUGGAUAAAUGCAGGAGGGAGUUUAUCAAAAAGAAUUUGGUUCUAUUAGCCAGACAGGCAGUGAGAGCCAGGCGGCGAAUUACCAGAAACAAAACCAAGGAGCACUUGCAGGAAAGCCGGAAAAUCCUAAAGAAGCUUCGCCAACUGGCGGUAGAGCCUCAGAGCACCAUCCCUGAUGUUUUUCUCUGGAUGCUAAAUGGAAGCAAACGGUUGGCUUACGUGAGGAUUCCCUCCCACUCCAUCCUCUUCUCAUUGGUGGAGGAGCAGAAAGGGCGGGACUGUGGCCACAUCACCACUCUCUACAUGAAGUCUCCAGGAUGCUCACCUAGUGAAACCUUUGCAAAGCUGGAGGUGUACCUGUGGCUGGGUCUUGUAAAGUACAGUAAAGAAGUGAUCAACAGCCUGCCAGAGGAGUUCAUGCCUAUAUAUGAGGAAGAGGAGGAGGAGGAGACGGAGAGACAACACCUUCCUGUGGAGGAAAGAAGAAAGUUUCCUGUCAGUCUGUCCUGCCAGGACUACAGGUACUUCCAGCUACGGUGUCACCUCUACCAGGGCCGUGGCCUUAUGGCUGCAGAUGAUGAUGGCCUGUCAGACCCUUUUGCAAAGGUGAUCUUCUCUACACAGUGCCAGGUCACCAAGGUGUGUCCAGACACACUCUCCCCUUCCUGGUGUGAGUGUUUGUUGUUUGACAGAGUUCUCCUCGAGGGAACGAAGGAGCAAUUUCAACAAGACCCUCCUCUUAUCAUCAUCGACAUCUAUGACCAUGACGCAGUGGGCAGUCCGAAGCCUCUGGGUCGAGCUUAUGCAGAGCCUGAGUUUAAAACUGUGGAGCAGUUCUACGAAAAGCCCAAACUUCGCUUCCAUAAUGUCAUCAGAGGGAGGGUUCCUGCUGGAAUGCUGCUGGCUGCUUUUGAGCUCAUUGAGCUCGACUACUCUGCUUUUGGAGAGCCCCGCCUCCCCGUUAGUGUGGAUCCCCAGGAGCUGACCUACAACGAGGAGCAGAGAUGUUAUGUCAUCCCAGAGGGAGUCCGACCUGUUCUGAAGACCUUCAGGAUCGAGGUGCUGUUCUGGGGUCUACGGGAGCUGAAGCGGGUGCAGCUGUUUGAGGUGGAGCGCCCACAGGUGAGGGUGGAGUGUGCAGGACAGCAGCUGGAAUCUGAGGAGAUCCAGAGCUACAAGAGCAACCCUAACUUUAAGGAAGUGGUCCGCUACUUUGAUGUGGAGCUUCCAGAGCAGUCAUACCUCCACCCUCCUCUGACAGUGUUUGUGGUGGAGCAUCGGGCCUUCGGUCACCUUGCCCUGGUUGGCUCACAUGUUGUGCAGAACCUCAUGAACUAUGCUCCACGUGAAUGUGGAGGGGAGGAGGAGGAGGAAGAAGAUGAACCAAAACCAAAAGUAAGGCAGAAUCCAAUGAAGGUCGACCCCUUGACGUCAGUGAAGAACAUGGGACUCAGCAGUUUACCAGUCAAACAGUCAAAAAUUCCUAUUAACCCUAUGAAGAUAGUGAAAGCUCCACUGAAAAAGCUGAAAAAGAAGGUGGAGGAGCUAGAGGAGGAGGCUCCAGAGAAAGAAGAGCUGGACUGGUGGUCCAAGUACUACGCCUCAGUGGAGGAGCAACAGAAGCAGGCUGCAGAGAGAGAAGAGAUGGAGGAUGAAGCAGAGACAGAUGGAGUAAAUCUGACCAUGGCAAAUAUUGAAGAAGAGGAGGAAGAGGUUGAUGAUGUUGAGAUUGAGCCCCCUAAACGCAAGAAGAUUGCCACAUUAAAGCUGUAUGAAAGCGAUCUGGAAUCGGAGUUCAGUGAGUUUCAGGACUGGCUGAAGGUUUUCCCCCUGUUCAAAGGCCGAGCCAUCACUGAGGAUGAUGAGGAGGAUGAAGAGGAGAGGCUGAUGGGAAAAUACAAGGGUUCCUUCCUGGUUUAUCCCAUCGAUCCAGAGGACAGAGAUGACACCACAUGUCAGAUCACUAAUGGAGUCCCUAAAAAUUCACCUGUCAAAGUCUUAGUCAGAGUUUACAUUGUGAAGGCCUCCAGCCUGGCUCCCACCGACCCUAACGGUAAAGCUGACCCCUACAUUGUUGUAAAGGUGGGAGAUCAGAGUCAGGACUCUAAAGAAAGAUACAUCCCCAAACAGCUCAACCCGAUUUUUGGAGAGGUGUUUGAGCUCACUGUGUCCUUCCCCCUGGAGACUGAGUUGGUCAUAACAGUCAUGGAUCAUGAUCUGGUUGGAUCUGAUGAUGUUAUUGGAGAGACUCGAAUUGAUUUGGAGAACCGGUUCUACAGCCGCCAUCGGGCCUCCUGCGGUCUCGCUCUUUACUAUGACACCGAUGGUUACAAUAAGUGGCGUGAUGCAAAGAAACCAUCGACAAUCUUGGCUGAGCUCUGCAGGAAGAACGGCAUCCCAUCUCCAGAGUACAGAACAUCAGAAGUCAAAGUCCUCAACAUGAUCUUCAAAAUACCUCCAGACGCAAUACCUGAAGGUCUGCUGAAGAAGAACGAGCGCUCUCCAGAGGAAGAGGCAGAGAUAGAGGAGCACGCAUCUCUGCAUGUGCUGCGGCGCUGGGAGGAGAUGACUGAGUUCCUCCCUGGAGCCGUUCGUCUGGUUCCUGAGCAUGUGGAGAUCCGGUCUCUGCAGAACCAGGACAAUCCAGGACUCCCCCAGGGUUAUCUUCAUAUGUGGGUGGACAUGUUUCCCACUGAUAUCCCAGCUCCGCCCGCUGUGGAUAUAAAACCCCGCCUACCUGAACAGUAUGAGCUGCGUGUGAUCAUCUGGAACACUGAUGAUGUGUUUCUGGAUGAUGUCAACCCUUUCACAGGCGACCCAUCCUCAGACAUCUAUGUUAAAGGCUGGAUAAAAGGGUUGGAUGGAGACAAACAGGAAACUGAUGUCCACUUUAACUCUCUGACCGGGGAAGGAAACUUCAACUGGAGAUUUGUUUUCCGAUUUGACUACCUUCCCACUGAGAAAGAGGUGGUGUAUAAAAAGAAGGAGUCCAUCUUUUCCUUGGAGGAGUCUGAGUUUCGCCAGCCGGCGGUUCUGACACUGCAGGUGUGGGACUAUGAUCGCAUCUCAGCCAACGACUUUCUAGGGUCCGUAGAGCUUUCUCUAAGCAGCAUGGUGCGGCCGGCGAAGACGUCCAGUAAGUGCACAAUUGAAAUGGCGAAGGACCAGGCCAGUCCCCGCUUCUCCAUCUUUCGUGCUAAAAAAAUGAAGGGUUGGUGGCCGUUGGUCCGCUUGAAGACGCCUGAGGAUUUCGAGAAGGAGGAGAAAGAGAAACGGAGAGCCAAGAAGAAGGGAUACAAGAAGAAAAAGACAAAGGACAAAAGAAGCCAGAUGAGAGAAGAAGACAUCCAGUACACAGACAGUUUGGGCAACACUUACUUGUUAAUGGGAAAGGUGGAGGCGGAGCUUCAGCUGGUGGCUUUGGAACAGGCGGAGGCGAACCCUGUGGGGAGAGGACGCAAGGAGCCAGAACCCCUGGAAAAACCAAACCGUCCCACCACCAGCUUCAACUGGUUCCUCAACCCAAUGAAGACCUUUGUCUUCCUCAUAUGGAAGAACUACAAGAAAUACAUCAUAGCUCUGGUCAUCCUCAUCAUCCUGACGCUCUUCCUUGUCCUGAUUCUCUACACUUUGCCAGGAGAAAUCAGCUCUCUCAUUGUUAACGGAUGAAGAAUCGGGGAGAGGCUUCUGUCACAUUAAGCAAAUUGACUCAAACGGUUUUAGAUUUUAUGGUCAGAUUGAUAUAUUUAGCCUGGCUUCACUAAAAUACUAACAAAGAAUAUUUAUGGAUACGUUUAGCUAUGAAAAAAAUCUAUGACCAGAAGAAAUGACCAAGCAAUGAUGACCUCAGAUGUUAUGAAAAAAACUAUAUAGAAAAAUAUUUUCCCUCUACAAUGAUGAUAGUAGUUUUGCUUUUGUUCAUGUCUAUAUUUUAAUAAUAUAUUAGGACUUUGCAAUAAAAUCCCACCUGUAAUUUGAUGCACUGAUUUACGAUUAAAAUUAUUUAUUUUUGUUUCAAUCAAGAUUAGUCUAUUUAAAUGCGUGCUACUUUUUAUGAACACAUACAUAGAUGUUUAUCAGAUAAGUUAAAUUGUUCUUUACGGUUAGAAGUUUAACUUUUGCUUGUAAUCUGUUUUAUUUGAUUAAAGUCAAGGGGAGGCUUGGAUUAAUUUUUGGAGAACAAUAAUCGAUUAUGCUAUUUUUGGUUGCAUGGGAAUAUUUAAAAACUGGUGGAAAUGAAUUAAUCUUUACCUAAUAAAUAGUUUUCCAGUUUGUUAUGAAAAAAAUAUUGUUGAGGAAAAAAAAGAAACAUUUAUGGCAGUUAUAGGGCCCAAGCAGUAUGACUGAACAACUCUCAUGAUCUUCAUUCAAUGAGUACUUCAAUAGAACCCCCUUCAUGAGUGGGUCCCAUUAGUUUUCCACAAAAGAGAAACCACUUCACCAUAUAAGACUGUUAAGCUAAAGAGACGACCUCCAGCUUUUGAAAUGACAAGGACAACUGAAAGGUUACUCUAUCUUUUUUUAUCAACAAAUUUCCAUGUUGUUUUGGGAAAUUUUACAUAAAAGGAUAACUAUAAUUUUUUGUGAAAUCUUUCAUGUUCAUUCAUGUCACAGGUGAGAACAUCAAUGCAUUUAACAGAACUGUCAUGUGAUACACCAACAAAAACAACAUGCAAUUAAAGUCAUAUCUGUUAUUGCUAAAGCUUUCCUUAACCAACAAACAGAAAAGGGGGUAGGGCUCUUUAAAAAUUGAAUCUUCUUUAGUUGAUUAUAUAUGAAAUAGACAUUUUCUACUCUUUUUAGUUAUUAUUUUUAGUUAGUAAUAAUGGUACGAAUCUAUAUCAGACACUGCCAGACAUAGAGGUUUAACCAGUGACUUUAAAGGUACAUAAUGAAUUUGUUAACAAGCAAAAAAAAAAAAAAA